CAGCAUCAUUGAGCUGCCAAAAUAAACAAAAAACAAGAAAGAGAGAGAGAGAAAAACAAAGAUAGAUAGAGAUAGAGAGAGAGAGAGAGAGACGACGGCGACGAUGGGCGAAGUCUCUGCGAAACCAGCUUGAGUUUUGACCCUCUCACCCAUUUCCCAUUUCCUUCCUCCCAAACACGCGUUAAAUCCAAAAACCCUUCUUCUUAAAUCACCCAAUUUCUCAUUUCUCUCUUCAACUACACCACUUUUCAAAAAAACCCCUCAAUUUCUUCAGAUCCAAUUUUCAACCCCCGAUCUCACGUUUCACCACCACCACCACCACCACCGUAACCGUAACCGUAACCUCGCCGCCGCUUCAUGGGAAACUGCUGCGCGACGCCAACGGUUACCGGCGAGGAGGUAAGAACCAACAACAAGAAAGAGAAGAAGGGGAAGAAGGAGAACCCCUUCGCGGUCGACUAUGUCGCCAACAACGGCGGUUCCAAGCUCGCCGUGCUCAGCGACCCUACCGGGAGCGAGAUCGAGGAAAAAUACGCUCUCGGCCGCGAGCUCGGGAGAGGAGAGUUCGGUAUAACGUAUCUCUGCACGGAUAAGGAGAACGGUGAGGAGUAUGCCUGCAAGUCGAUUUCGAAGAAGAAGCUGAGAACCGCCAUCGAUAUUGAAGAUGUGAGGAGGGAGGUGGAGAUCAUGCGCCAUCUUCCCAGGCAUCCGAACAUCGUGUGGCUUAAGGAUACGUAUGAGGAUGACAAUGCCGUUCACCUUGUCAUGGAGCUCUGUGAGGGCGGUGAGCUCUUUGAUCGCAUCGUGGCGCGUGGACACUAUACCGAACGCGCCGCCGCUGCUGUUACCAAAACGAUUGUUGAAGUCGUUCAGAUGUGCCACAAACACGGAGUGAUGCAUAGGGAUCUCAAGCCUGAGAACUUUUUGUUUGCUAAUAAGAAGGAAACAGCAGCUCUCAAAGCUAUAGAUUUUGGAUUGUCAGUGUUUUUUAAACCAGGGGAAACAUUUAAUGAGAUAGUUGGAAGUCCAUAUUACAUGGCUCCUGAGGUAUUAAGGCGACAUUAUGGCCCAGAAGUAGAUAUCUGGAGUGCUGGAGUGAUUCUAUACAUCUUACUUUGUGGUGUCCCACCAUUUUGGGCAGAAACUGAACAAGGAGUUGCACAAGCAAUUAUACGAUCAGUUGUUGAUUUCAAAAGGGAUCCAUGGCCUAAAGUUUCUGAUAAUGCAAAAGACCUUGUGAAGAAGAUGUUAAAUCCUGAUCCUAAGCGGCGGCUUACUGCACAGGAAGUGUUAGAUCAUCCAUGGUUAGUUCAUGCAAAGAAAGCUCCCAAUGUUUCUUUAGGAGAAACCGUUAAAGCAAGGCUGAAGCAAUUUUCCGUGAUGAACAAGCUUAAGAAGAGAGCUCUGAGGGUGAUUGCCGAGCACUUGACAGUAGAAGAAGCUGCUGGUCUAAGAGAGGGAUUCCAGGGAAUGGAUACAGCUAACCGAGGCAAGAUUAACAUUGAUGAACUGCGAGCAGGGUUAUUGAAACUAGGCCAUCAAGUUCCUGAUGCAGAUCUCCAAAUUCUUAUGGAAGCUGGUGAUGUUGACAGAGAUGGGUACCUAAAUUAUGGAGAGUUUGUUGCCAUUUCUGUUCAUCUAAGAAAGAUGGGAAAUGAUGAGCACCUUAUCAAAGCCUUCAAAUUUUUUGAUGCGAACCAAAGUGGGUAUAUUGAGAUUGAGGAGCUGCGUGAUGCCUUAUCUGAUGAAGUUGAGACAAACAGUGAAGAAGUCAUCAGUGCAAUUAUGCAUGAUGUGGACACAGAUAAGGAUGGGAAGAUAAGUUAUGAGGAAUUUGCAACAAUGAUGAAGGCUGGCACAGAUUGGAGAAAAGCAUCAAGACAAUAUUCAAGAGAGAGGUUUACCAGUCUCAGCCUGUCAUUGAUGAGGGACGGAUCAUUGCAAGUAAACAAUGAAAAACAAUGACGGUAGAUGACACUUUAGCUAUGUCAAGUUUUACUUUGGAAAAGGAAAAUAUGAUAAAGAAGUCUUAUUUUUUAUUUUUAACCUGCUCUUUAUUGUGAUUCUUUUCCCAAAUGACAAAAAAAUAGGAUAUUGGCCCCAAUGGUGAUAUCUAUGUGGUUUGGAAUUUUUUUCCUAGUUUGUUGAUGUUGUGGUAGGAGACAGGAGAGGGUUGGGAGGGAGUGGACAAAGUCUUCAUUUGUGGCUGUAAAUAUUUCUUAAUUGUCAUGCUUUAUUAUGUAAUCUGGCAUUCUUAGUAAAACCUUUGGUUAUUUUCUA